CCUUCCAUUUUGGUAGCUUCAACUUUGCAGCUGCUGUGUCUCUUCGUCGUCUGGGAAGAAAACUUUCACAUUAAGAGUUGCUGAUGCGGAUUUUCUUUCUUUCCUCUCCCGGCGGCGUUGAUGAGUGCUUGGCUCCUGACAGACGCGAUUCGGCUCCCAGCUUUGUAGUUCGGAAGAAGUUGGGUCUAUAGAUUUCCCCCUAACUCUCCAUCGAUGUGUUGAGCUUCAGAGGGAAUAACUCUACGUAAAGCAUGUUGGCGUCUCAAGGAGUUCUCCUGCAUCCCUAUGGCGUGCCUAUGAUUGUACCGGCAGCUCCUUACCUCCCUGGACUGAUUCAGGGUAAUCAGGAAGCAGCCGCUGCCCCUGACACAAUGGCUCAGCCUUACGCUUCGGCCCAGUUUGCUCCCCCGCAAAACGGUAUCCCCGCGGAAUACACGGCCCCUCAUCCCCACCCCGCGCCAGAGUACACAGGCCAGACCACGGUUCCCGAGCACACGUUAAACCUGUACCCUCCCGCCCAGACGCACUCCGAGCAGAGCCCGGCGGACACGAGCGCUCAGACCGUCUCCGGCACCGCCACACAGACAGACGAUGCAGCACCGACGGAUGGCCAGCCCCAGACACAACCUUCCGAAAACACAGAAAACAAGUCUCAGCCCAAGCGGCUGCAUGUCUCCAAUAUCCCCUUCAGGUUCCGGGAUCCGGACCUCAGACAAAUGUUUGGUCAAUUUGGUAAAAUCUUAGAUGUUGAAAUUAUUUUUAAUGAGCGAGGCUCAAAGGGAUUUGGUUUCGUAACUUUCGAAAAUAGUGCCGAUGCGGACAGGGCGAGGGAGAAAUUACACGGCACCGUGGUAGAGGGCCGUAAAAUCGAGGUAAAUAAUGCCACAGCACGUGUAAUGACAAAUAAAAAGACCGUCAAUCCUUAUACAAAUGGCUGGAAAUUGAAUCCAGUUGUGGGUGCGGUCUACAGUCCCGAAUUCUAUGCAGGCACGGUCCUGUUGUGCCAGGCCAACCAGGAGGGAUCUUCCAUGUACAGUGCCCCCAGUUCACUUGUAUAUACUUCUGCAAUGCCAGGCUUCCCGUAUCCAGCAGCCACCGCCGCGGCCGCCUACCGAGGGGCGCACCUGCGAGGCCGCGGCCGCACCGUGUACAACACCUUCAGGGCCGCGGCGCCCCCGCCCCCGAUCCCGGCCUAUGGCGGAGUAGUGUAUCAAGAGCCUGUGUAUGGCAAUAAAUUGCUGCAGGGUGGUUAUGCUGCAUACCGCUACGCCCAGCCUACCCCUGCCACUGCCGCUGCCUACAGUGACAGAAAUCAGUUCGUCUUCGUUGCAGCAGAUGAAAUUUCUUGUAACACCUCUGCAGUUACGGACGAGUUUAUGCUGCCGACCCCUACCACCACGCACUUGCUCCAGCCCCCACCUACGGCGUUGGUGCCAUGAAUGCUUUUGCACCUUUGACUGAUGCCAAGACUAGGAGCCAUGCUGAUGAUGUGGGUCUCGUUCUUUCUUCAUUGCAGGCUAGUAUAUACCGAGGGGGAUACAACCGUUUUGCUCCAUACUAAAUGACAAAACCAUAAAAACCUUCCAAUGUGGGGAGAAAGGAAGCUUUCCGAGGCCUGAGUAUUGCAAUACAUGCAGUAGUACAUCAUUUUAGCAACUCUAAAAAAAAAAAAAAAAAAAAAAAAAAAAAAAAAAAAUACUAAUAAAAAGGAAAAAAAUUACAUUUUUUAUCUUAUACCUCAGAUAUUUUGUUCUGUGUAUUUUAAUAUUGUGGGUCUUUAAUUUCUGAAGGUUCCGUAGUUUGGUUGCUGGCUGUAGGAGUUUUUGUGGUUGAUCUAGAAAGAUGCUAGAUAUGAAUAAAAACUGGUUUAGGGCCAUAUCCAGAGUGCUAUAUUAUGUAAAUGACUUAUAUAUGCUGAAUAUUAAGCUAACUGGGGUUAUCAGUUGUUUGGGAAGAGUGUAAGUGACUACAGUAGUCAUUUUUUUCUGCAUCUGCAUUAUUUUAUUUUGUGAAAGGGGAGGUUGGGAGGGACUUAGGGGAUUGGAACUGGGGUUUGGCUGAAAGACAAAAAAGUUGUAACUGAUGAAUCUAAACGACCCACUGCACCAACAAUCAUUUAUCAAUGGUUCUAAGUUACUCAUUGCCAGUUCAAGCCAAAGGUUAUGUUAAGGGGGUGCUUCUAGUAGCACUUGUGCAUCUGAGUUGAAUGAAGCUGUGCAAACCCACCCUUUAAACCAUUCCACCCAGCAGUAUUCAGCUUCUUAACCAGUCGCUAUUUAGGGAGAAAAAAAAAACCCACUAGUUAGGUCAUCAAACAUUCUUUUUAUAUUUCUUCCAGUAUAAUAAAUUAUUGAUAUCAUUGCUGACUUUUAUAUUAUGGGAGGGAAAAAAUAACAUUAAUAAAAAGGUGAUAAAAAGCACUGUUUCUAUUUUUCUUUUUUUCCAAAAAAAGAAAGUAAUAACUUAAAUUAUUUGUACCAGUUAAAAUAUGUAUAAAAUUUACAUCUGUGCAGUGGAGUUGUUAAGUUCUAGAAACAGUCUAUGAAGCUUUAGUUUUAGCCUAGUAGAACAACUGUUAGAGACAGACGUAUAAUUUUUAUGGAAUUACAUGAUAAUCAUAUUCGGAUUUAUAGAAGCAUUUUACAAGUAUUGCAAUCAUUGAGUAGAGAUAAUCAUGGUAUUUUCAUCAGCUUGGUACUUUUUGAAACAUGACUGCGUUUUGUGAGCAAUCUGCAAUUUUUCAGUCCGUGAGAUCCUGCCCUUUCCACCUCUUUCCCACACCCAAGGAUUAUCUCAAAAUGAUCUCUUUAGUUCUGUCUCCAUGGCCCAGGACACUUGUCAGAAGGAUGCAAAAAACAAAAAAAACAAAGUACAUCCAUCCUCUUCGUCCCAAAAGAACAAAGUCUGCCCACCUUUCUUGGAUGCAGGGCCAGAGUGACACAGCCGAAAAAUUGCAGUUUGUCUGUACUUUUGUUUGAACUUUCCACGUUGUCCUGUUUACAAGUUAACCUAAGUUGGGGUAUCUGUCACGGGUCUUCCUGUUUUUGUAUUUAAAUGAAAACAGCAGCAGGCUGUCCCUGAGUAGUUUUGCUGCCAUAGGUUAAGUCCUCAUGUGUACAGUGCAGGCCCUGUGGCACGCACUUCAGUAAGUUAUCAACUCACCGCUGUGAACCUGCCAAUCCGCUGUAACAACUCUGCUUUAAAACAAAACCAAACAAAACUUAAAAAAAAAAAAAAAGUGUGAUCCAGCUUUCUCUUGCCAUCCUAUGUGCAUGCCGUAAGAUCAGUUGGAUAUUAAACCAUCAAUAAAGUUUCACAAGAUUUGAAAA